CCAAAUUUAAGUCAAGUAUAUAAAUCUAAACCUUUGUUUUCGUGAUGCUAUUUGAUAUACUUUAAAAUUUAUAUUACAUUAUCUAGCAGUUAUUGACGACCUAAUUUAAAUUCUAGGUUUGAUUCUCCUGACCUUGCUGAUAGCUUAUCUGAUGCAAAAGUAAAAUUAAUUUCUGAAAUCAGCUUCAAAUGAAGUGGGAAAACUUGGCUCGUCAGCUGACAGAAGUACCCACUGGAACUGGAAGAUGCCUUUUCGCUGCCUUUCAUUCUUUGGACGAUGGGACUUGUUUGGGAAAAUAUCCCAAGGACUCUCCACCAGUUAAAACCGAGGAGAUUUUAGAACUUAAGAGAGCCUUUAAAGAUCCCACCUUGCUCUAUUCCUCAAAUAUCACUUUAAGAGACAUCAAGUUCACCUAUGUUAAAGUAGAAGGAAAUGCAUUACUGGGGAGGACCUCACAGCUUGCCUGUAUCGUCAUGCAAACGGAUGACGCUAUUAUCGUAUGCAUCUACCCUGGUGAAGAGCAAUCAAAAUAUGUCUUCAAUAAUUGCGUGAAUGUAUGGGAAAAAUCAAAGGAGAUGUGAAGAUUAGCACAGAAUUGUGUAUGCAAAAAUAAAUGUUAUAAUUUUGAAU